AGCUAUCAGCUGUUUUUUGUUUUGGUUUUGUUUUCGUAUAGCCAAAUAUUUUAUUCUGUUUUAAUAGUAAUUAAAUAUGUUACAUUUUAGAAGUUUACAAAGUAAAAUUGUUCCACAUAUUCGCCAAAACCAUCCCUUUCUCAUAUAUGGGCGAACAUUGUCGUCUUUUGGAUCUAGUAGUAGUCUUUCAAAAAAAUUGUCUGCGGACACAAAUAACAACAAACCAACAUGUUUGAUGCGUUUACAACACCGCAGCUUCUCGGAAGCUGCAACUGCGACUACAAUUGCAGGGACGCAAGUGCAGUCACCGUUCACAGGAUUUUGGCUUACACUUUCACAAAGUACACCAGUAGCUUAUAUACAGGAUGCACUGACAACGAUACAUGACUACAGCGGGUUGCCCUGGUGGGCCUCUAUUGUUGCAACCACAAUACUAUUUCGUACUCUUAUAACGUUACCAUUGGCAAUAUAUCAACAUAAAAUUAUGGCGCGAUUGGAGUUGUUGGCUUUGGAAAUGUCGGCAAUUGUGGCCGAGCUAAAAAAGGAGGCAGCCAUAGCAAUGAAGAAAUUCAAUUGGACUGAGAAACAAACAAGACUAGUAUAUAACCGGUCGCUGAAGAAACAGUGGAAUGCAUUGGUGGUGCGUGAAAAUUGUCAUCCGGCAAAAACAUUUAUUGUAUUAUGGGGACAAAUACCACUGUGGAUAUGCCAAUCAGUAGCAUUGAGAAAUCUUGUUCAUAUGAUGCCUGAUCCAACAACAUUACAGGCACAAAUUAUCUAUACGGAAAUGACAAUCGGUGGUUUUGGUUGGAUACCGAAUUUAACAGAAGUUGACAGCUCAUAUAUAUUGCCCGUUAGCUUAGGUCUAAUAAAUUUGGGCAUAAUACAGAUGCAAACUAUACUACGAAACCGUCCCACUACACGUUUGCAAAAAUAUGCGACCAAUGUGUUUCGAGUAUUGACCGUAGCAAUGGUUCCUGUGGCUUGUUCUGUACCAUCGGCUCUUUGCGUUUACUGGGUUGCUUCAAGCAGUUAUAGUUUAGCGCAAAAUCUCUUGCUUACUGCACCUGUUGUACGACGUGCAGUUGGUAUUCCACACACGAAUUCCGAAAUUGAGAAUCCUUAUGAAAGAAUAUGGUUACGCAUGAAAGCAGUGACCGCUACAAGCGAACAAAAAGCUGUGGUCAAAAGUACAAAUGUAACAGAAAAUGAAACAAAGUCUAAAUAGAAUAUUGGUUCAUAAAACCGAAA